AUGUCGAGGGAAGCUAGGAUGACAAAAUGGCCGCUGCAGGUGCCCGUCCUGUCACUUGCGCUCGUCUCGGCGCCUCCCUCUCGUGUCAUUCGAGGCCGACGUAAAAGGCGGGAAAACGAGAAACAUUCAAUUACGUCGACACCGCUGCACCCAAGAUUGAUGACUGAGGGAUCCAGCGGGUCGGCGAAACGUGGAAAGGUGCGAAAAGUGGGCAAAGAGAUGGGAGACGGCGAAAGGCGAUAUGGUCGGAAGAGAACUAUUUACUGUCUGUUUUUUUGUCUAUCGUCCCAUCUAUCUAUCUAUAUUCUAUCUAUCAUCUAUCUAUCUAUCUUCUCUUUCCCACAUCUAUCUAUUCCAGUCUGUUCGUAUAUUAUCUAUUUUUCAUCUAUCUAUCUAUCUAUCUAUCUAUCAUCUAUCUAUCUAUUAUCUAUAUCUCAGUCUGUUCGUAUCUAUCUUUUCAUCUAUCUAUCUAUCUAUCUAUCUAUCAUCUAUCUAUCUAUCUAUCUAUCUCUUUCUGCUUUUCUAUCUAUUCCAGUCUGUUCGUAUCUAUCUAUCUCUUUUUCAUCUAUCUAUCUAUCUAAUAUCUAUCUAUCUAUCUAUCUAUCUAUCCAUCUAUCAUCUAUCUAA